UCAUAUUGUAGUUGCAGUAUAGUCACUUCACAGGCUCUGUGAAGUGAGCUAAUUGCAUUUCUAACUAGAGCCUAAGAUAUUUCAAAAUGGCGAAUGUCGUUGAUAGCUUCACGUUGUUAUUCGACCGCCCAAAUGAACCAAUGGUUUCUCUGAAAGGCGACAGAAAAGCUCUGUUCCAGCUUACCGAUCAGCACUUGGGAGACAAAUACAAAAAUAAUGGAAUCGAAAUCAACAAUCGUUUCGGAGAGGAGGCAACUGAAGUUAUACCUCUUAAACAGUUGCGAAAGAUACCGGAAUUCAAAAAAGCGAGACAGUUGCCGACAGAUUCUGAAUUCUCAAUAUUAUUACCAGCUCAUCAAGAAAUGGCUGAUGAAGUAAUCGAUGAACUUCUAGCUGUUCCCGAGAAUCAACUUCAAGAUUUAUUGUCGACGUGUGUAUAUGCAAGAGUCAAUUUAAAUCCUCAGCUAUUCAACUACUGCUACUCUGUGGCGUUGAUGCACAGACCUGACACUAGGAAUAUUCCAAUUCAAAACUUUGCUGAAACCUUCCCAUCGAAAUUCGUGGACUCCCAAGUAUUCUCUAAAGCCCGGGAGACAGCCGCAAUAGGCGCUCGAGCAACUGGUGCUCCUCGUAUCCCGAUUAUAAUCCCAAGAGAUUAUACAGCAACUGACUUGGAUAUCGAACAUCGACUUGCUUAUUUCCGUGAAGACAUUGGCAUAAAUCUUCACCACUGGCAUUGGCAUCUAGUGUACCCAUUCACAUCUAACCAACGAGCCAUCGUCGCGAAGGACCGCCGCGGAGAAUUGUUUUUCUAUAUGCAUCAACAAGUUAUUGCCAGGUACAAUGGAGAACGUCUGGCCAACUCCUUGGCAAGAGUUAAGAAGUUCAGCAACUUCAGUGAACCCAUACCUGAAGCUUACUUCCCUAAGCUGGACAGUCUGACGACGUCUCGUGGCUGGCCGCCGCGACAGGCCAACAUGCGGUGGUAUGACCUCAACCGUCCUGUUGACGGACUCGUUGUGACCCUCGACGAUAUGAAUCGUUGGAGGAGAAAUAUUGAGGAAGCUAUAUCCACGGGACUUGUUAAACUGCCUAACGGAUCAACUCAAACUUUAGAUAUUGACACGCUGGGCAACAUUAUUGAGGCCAGCAUCUUGUCUCCCAAUAGAGAAUACUACGGUUCGCUACACAAUAACGGACACAGUUUCGCCGGCUAUAUGCAUGACCCCACGAACCGUUACCUUGAAUCGUUCAACGUGAUUGCCGAUGAAGCUACAAAUAUGCGUGAUCCAUUUUUCUAUCGUUGGCAUGCGUUUGUCGACGACCUCUUCCAGCGAUUUAAGGAGUCUCCAAACGUUAGACCUUACACACGCUCUGAGUUGGAGAAUCCAGGUGUCCAGAUAUCAUCAGUUCGCGUGGAAAGUGCGACCGGGCAGAUGAACGUCCUGAGCACGUACUGGAUGCAGAGCGACGUGGACCUGUCGCGCGGACUGGAUUUCUCCGACCGCGGCCCGGUGUACGUGCGCUUCACGCACCUCAACCACCGCCCCUUCCAAUAUGUAAUCGACGUAAACAACACGGGAAAUGCUCGACGCACGACAGUUCGUAUAUUCAUGGCUCCGAAGUUUGAUGAACGUAAUUUGCCCUGGAUUCUCUCCGAUCAGCGGAAAAUGUUCAUUGAGAUGGACAGAUUUGUUGUCCCGCUCAACGCUGGGAAGAAUACAAUCACCCGCAAAUCAACGCAAUCGAUUUUGACGAUUCCCUUCGAGCAGACGUUCCGCGACCUGUCCGCGCAGGCAGGAGACGCGCGCGCUCCAGGACUCGCAAGUUUCAACUUCUGCGGCUGCGGCUGGCCGCAGCACAUGCUGGUACCGCGCGGCACGGAGCCGGGCAUGCAGUACGACCUCUUCGUGAUGCUCUCCAAUUAUGAACUGGACAGUGUGAACAAUCCCGAUGGUUCCGAGAUGAGCUGCGUGGAAGCAUCCAGCUUCUGCGGAUUGAAAGAUCGGCUAUAUCCCGACCGACGUAGCAUGGGCUACCCCUUCGACCGUCCUUCGAGCAGUGCAGCAAACAUCCAGGACUUCAUCCUACCUAAUAUGGCUCUCGUCGAUGUCACCAUCCGUUUACAGAAUGUCACUGAACAGAACCCGAGGAACCCAAAACCCCAAUAGACCGUUGCUUACGUUAAUUAUUAUUAUUUUUCGCAAUAUUAUUUAACAGUUAAUAAUCUAUAGAUUAAGUGAUGUAUAAUUAAAAAAAGAAAGGCUAAUAGACUAAGUUUUAUAGAAUUAUUAAGUAUUGUAUAUAUAUGUAGAUUUAAAAACUAUAAAUGUGACCCAAUAACUUUAGCGAAUUAAAUUAAUAAGCAAAAGAAAAUGA